CGGGUUCUUCGGCAGAAAGAGAAGAGGAAAACACAGAGCCUAGAACUGAAUGUGGGGACUUUGAAUGUUGGGACUAUGACAGGAAAAUCUCGGGAGUUGGUUGACAUGAUGAUUAGGAGAAAGGUUGAUAUAUUGUGUGUCCAGGAGACCAGGUGGAAAGGCAGUAAGGCUAGAAGUUUAGGGGCAGGGUUUAAAUUAUUUUACCAUGGUGUAGAUGGGAAGAGAAAUGGAGUCGGGGUUAUUUUAAAAGAAGAGUUGGCUAAGAAUGUCUUGGAGGUGAAAAGAGUAUCAGAUCGAGUGAUGAGGCUGAAAUUUGAAAUUGAGGGUGUUAUGUGUAAUGUGAUUAGUGGCUAUGCCCCACAGGUAGGAUGUGACCUAGAGGUGAAAGAGAAAUUCUGGAAGGAGCUAGAUGAUGUAGUUCUGAGCAUCCCAGACAGAGAGAGAGUCGUAAUUGGUGCAGAUUGUAAUGGACAUGUUGGUGAAGGUAAUAAGGGUGAUGAAGAAGUGAUGGGUAAGUACGGUAUCCAGGAAAGGAACUUGGAGGGACAGAUGGUGGUAGACUUUGCAACAAGGAUGCAAAUGGCUGUAGUGAACACUUUUUUCCAGAAGAGGCACGAACAUAGGGUGACCUACAAGAGCGGAGGUAGAAGCACACAGGUGGAUUACAUCUUGUGCAGACGAUGUAAUCUGAAGGAGGUUACCAACUGUAAGGUAGUGGUAGGGGAGAGUGUGGCUAGACAGCAUAGGAUGGUGGUGUGUAAGAUGACUCUGGUGGUGGGGAGGAAAAUUAGGAAGACAAAGGCAGAGAAGAGAACCAUGUGGUGGAAGCUGAGACAGGACGAGUGUUGUGCAGCUUUUCGGGAAGAGGUGAUACAGGCUCUCGGUGGACGGGAAGAGCUUCCAGAAGACUGGACCACUGCAGCCAAGGUGAUCAGAGAAGCAGGCAGGAGAGUACUUGGUGUAUCUUCUGGCAGGAAAGGAGAGAAGGAGACUUGGUGGUGGAACCUCACAGUACAGGAAAUCAUACAAGGAAAACGGUUAGCUAAGAAGAAGUGGGACACUGAGAGGACCGAGGAGAGGCGAAAGGAAUACAUUGAGAUGCGACACAGGGCAAAGGUAGAGGUGGCAAAGGCAAAACAAGAGGCAUAUGAUGACAUGUAUGGGAGGUUGGACACUAAAGAAGGAGAAAAGGAUCUAUACAGGCUGGCCAGACAGAGGGAUAGAGAUGGGAAGGAUGUGCAGCAGGUUAGGGUGAUUAAGGAUAGAGAUGGAAAUAUGUUGACUGGUGCCAGCAGUGUGCUAGGUAGAUGGAAAGAAUACUUUGAGGAGUUGAUGAAUGAGGAAAAUGAUAGAGAAGGGAGAGUAGAAGAGGCAAGUGUGGUGGACCAGGAAGUGGCAAUGAUUAGUAAGGGGGAAGUUAGAAAGGCAUUAAAGAGAAUGAAAAAUGGAAAGGCAGUUGGUCCUGAUGACAUUCCUGUGGAGGUAUGGAAGCAUCUAGGAGAGGUGGCUGUGGAGUUUUUGACCAGCUUGUUCAAUAGAAUUCUAGUGCGUGAGAAGAUGCCUGAGGAAUGGAGGAAAAGUGUACUGGUGCCCAUUUUUAAGAACAAAGGUGAUGUGCAGAGCUGUGGCAACUAUAGAGGAAUAAAGUUGAUGAGCCACACAAUGAAGUUAUGGGAAAGAGUAGUGGAGGCUAGACUCAGGACAGAAGUGAGUAUUUGCGAGCAACAGUAUGGUUUCAUGCCUAGAAAGAGUACCACAGAUGCAUUAUUUGCCUUGAGGAUGUUGAUGGAAAAGUACAGAGAAGGUCAGAAGGAGCUACAUUGUGUCUUUGUAGAUCUAGAGAAAGCCUAUGACAGAGUACCCAGAGAGGAACUGUGGUACUGCAUGCGGAAGUCUGGAGUGGCAGAGAAGUAUGUUAGAAUAAUACAGGACAUGUACGAGGGCAGCAGAACAGCGGUGAGGUGUGCUGUCGGUGUGACAGAAGAAUUUAAGGUGGACGUGGGACUGCAUCAGGGAUCAGCCCUGAGCCCCUUCCUUUUUGCAGUGGUGAUGGAUAGGCUGACAGAUGAGGUUAGACUGGAAUCCCCGUGGACCAUGAUGUUUGCAGAUGACAUUGUGAUAUGCAGUGAAAGCAGGGAGCAGCUGGAGGAACAGUUAGAAAGAUGGAGGCAUGCACUGGAAAGAAGAGGAAUGAAGAUUAGCCGAAGUAAAACAGAAUAUAUGUGCAUGAAUGAGAGGGGUGGUGGGGGAAGAAUGAGGCUACAGGGAGAAGAGAUGGCAAGGGUAGAGGACUUUAAAUACUUGGGGUCAACCGUCCAGAGCAAUGGUGAGUGUGGUCAGGAAGUGAAGAAACGGGUCCAAGCAGGUUGGAACGGGUGGAGGAAGGUGUCAGGUGUGCUAUGUGACAGAAGAGUCUCUGCUAGGAUGAAGGGCAAAGUUUAUAAAACAGUGGUGAGGCCAGCCAUGAUGUACGGAUUAGAGACAGUGGCACUGAAGAGAAAACAGGAAGCAGAGCUGGAGGUGGCGGAAAUGAAGAUGUUGAGGUUCGCUCUCGGAGUGACCAGGUUGGAUAAAAUUAGAAAUGAGCUCAUCAGAGGGACAGCCAAGGUUCGAUGUUUUGGAGACAAAGUUAGAGAGAGCAGACUUCAAUGGUUUGGACACGUCCAGAGGAGAGAGAGUGAGUAUAUUGGUAGAAGGAUGAUGAGGAUGGAGCUGCCAGGCAAGAGAGCUAGAGGAAGACCAAAGAGAAGGUUGAUGGAUGUCGUGAGGGAAGACAUGAUGGCAGUUGGUGUUCGAGAGGAGGAUGCAGGAGAUAGGCUCUCAUGGAAAAGGAUGACACGCUGUGGCGACCCCUAACGGGACAAGCCGAAAGGAAAAGAAGAAGAAGAAGAAGACAGCAGCUGAAAGCUGCUUCAUCAUGUUUGCUUUGGAAUCUUUGCUCCGUUAUCUGACCUGGGUCUGCAGAUCUCAGAGCCCUACUAGUCUCAUAUUGCAUUAACAUGUCUUUAAUGUAUUCAGGACCUAAACCAUUUUGUGCUUUAAAGACCAGUAGCAGAACUUUAAAGCCAG